AGGGGAAGUAGGAGAGAGGAGACUGGUGGAGACAGAGAGACCGGCAGGCUGAUCAUCUCCCACCUAACACCACCAGCACCUGCUGAGCUAUGAGCCAAAGCAGGGAUUUGCAGGGAGGAAAAGCUUUUGGACGGCUGAAGGCCCAGCAGGAGGAGGGGCUGGAUGAGAUCAACAAGCAAUUCCUGGACAAUCCCAAAUACAGCAGUGAUGAGGACCUGCCCUCUAAACUGGAAGCCUUCAAGAAGAAGUACAUGGAGUUUGAUCUGAAUGGAAAUGGAGAUAUUGAUAUUAUGUCCUUGAAGCGAAUGCUGGAGAAACUCGGGGUUCCCAAGACCCACCUAGAGCUAAAGAAAUUAAUUAGAGAGGUGUCCAGUGGCUCUGAGGAGACGUUCAGCUACUCUGACUUCCUCACAAUGAUGCUGGGCAAGAGAUCCGCCAUCCUGAGAGUGAUUCUGAUGUAUGAGGAAAAGAGCAAAGAACACCAGAAGCCAACUGGUCCCCCAGCCAAGAGAGCCAUUUCUGAGUUGCCCUAAUUGGAGGUGGAUGUCCACAUGGUGCCACUGAAGGGGCACUCUGAUAAUAGCAGCAUGGGGGGAUGGGGGCAAGAAGUAGUUGUGAGCCAGAGUCAAACUAAAUAAAUAAUGUUCCCCUCCCAGCUCAA